GCGAUGCUGCGGGAGAAGAAGAGCUUCGCCAUCAGCAUUCACCUUGCUACGACCCUCCCCUUACCUUCAGAGAGGGAUCACCUUCGGCCCAGGAUAGAUCUGAUUGCAUUCAUGAUUGAUAUCAAGAGCAAACACAGCUUGAAGAAUGUGGAAGCUUCCCUAGCUUAUGUGGAUGCCAGGUUCUUCCUGGGGAAAGUUUGCUUCCUUGUCACUGGGGUUGGCAGGAUGAAUUACUGCAGUGUGGAGAUGAGUGCUGUCUGGAAGCUGGGAGAAGACUACUGCAGCCCUGUGUUCUUCUGUGAGCUGGAGUUGGAAGGGAUACGAGCUGCCACUGCUCAGAGGCUUCUCCGGAUGCUACAGGUCUGUGCUGGUCACAUCCCAGGAGUUUCUGCCUUGUCUUUUAGCUCGCUGCUUAAGAAUGAUGAUGAUGAUGAUGAUGACUAG